GAGGUCACUUUAAGGAGGGCUGCCCAACUGCAGGGACUCUGUAAGCAGGAAGUGAAACCACCACGCUUCAAAAAAAGAGCGGGAUUGGGAGAAGCAUAUCUAAGAGGCUGCCGCGCUUCAAAAAAAGAGCGGGACUGGGACAAGCAUAUCUAAGAGGCUGAACAUGAAUCCACAGAUCAGAAAUCCGAUGGAGCGGAUGUAUCAACGCACAUUCUACUACCACUUUGAAAAUGAACCCAUCCUCUAUGGUCGGCGCUACACCUGGCUGUGCUACGAAGUGAAAAUAAGGAAGGACCCCUCAAAGCUCCCUUGGGACACAGGGGUCUUUCGAGGCCAGAUGUAUUCCAAGCCUGAGCACCAUGCAGAAAUGUGCUUCCUCUCUUGGUUCUGUGGCAACCAGCUGCCUGCUCACAAGCGCUUCCAGAUCACCUGGUUUGUAUCCUGGACCCCCUGCCCGGACUGUGUGGCGGUGGGCCGACUCCUGGCUGAGUACCCCAAUGUCACCCUGACCAUCUCCCCGCCCGCCUACUACUACUACUGGGAAACAGAUUAUCGCAGGGCGCCGGCAGGCUGCGCCAGGCAGGGGCUCGUGGUGAAGCUGGCGGACGAUGAAGAAUUUGCAUACUGCUGGGAAAACUGUGUGUACAAUGGAGGUCAGCCAUUCAUGCCUUGGUACAAAUUCGAUGACAAUUAUGCAUUCCUGCACCACAAGCUAAAGGAGAUUCUCAGAAACCCGAUGGAGGCAACGUAUCCACACAUAUUCUACUUCCACUUUAAAAACCUACUGAAAGCCACAGAUCAGAAUGAAACCUGGCUGUGCUUCACCAUGAAAGUUAUAAAGCACCACUUAACUGUCUCCUGGAAGACGGGCGUCUUCCGAAACCAGGUAGCACCAAAGUCCUACUGUGCGUCCGGAAGUCCUCGGGAAACAGCUGCUGUGGGAAGCGGGGACUGUGGUGUCCGGCACUGUGUCUGGGCCAGUCACUGCUGGGCUGGUGGGGCCGCCCCCGCCACUGCCCUGAUUCCUCGAUGUCAAGGACACAUCAUCACAGGAUGGGGAGGGAGAGGGAAAGGAGGGACCGAAACCAGGAUGUGGGAAGUCUGUCCUGAGAGUCACGGGCUCUUGGUGCCACCCCGUCCCCACAACCGGAGCGUGACUUAUCUCCCCUGUCACUUUUCAGAAUUUAAGCACUGUUGGGACACCUUUGUGGACCACCAGGGACGUCCCUUCCAGCCCUGGGAUGGACUAGAUGAGCACAGCCAAGCCCUGAGUGGGAGGCUUCGCGCCAUUCUCCAGAAUCAGGGAAACUGAAGGAUGGGCCUCAGUCUCUAAGGAAGGCAGAGACCUGGGUUGAGCCUCAGAAUAAAAGAUCUUCUUCCAAGAAAUGCAAACAGGCUGUUCACCACCAUCUCCAGCCGCUCACAGACACCAGCAAAGCAAGGCGCUCCUGACCAAGUAGAUUUUUUAAAAAUCAGAGUGAAUUAAUUUUAAUUGAAAAUUUCUCUUAUGUUCUAAGUAUAUAAUAGUAAGAUUGUGCUCAAUAUUCUCAGAAUAGUUUUCAAUUUAUUAAUGAAAUGAUUAAUUGGCUUUGUAUCUAGACUAAUAAAACAUUAAGAAUCUUCCAUAAUU